AUGGCAGGUGACAAUACUAAUGAAAGUGGCAGCAACAACAAUAAUAACAAAAGUGGUCAAAAACGAAACAGCAAUCGCCGCAACAACAACAGUAACAAACGAUCCAAAAAAGAUGUCCCAAACACACAUCAUACACGAAAACAUGGAUUUGACGAAAAUAAGGACGAUCGAGACAAGCCACCACAUGAGGGAUCGUUUGCCUUUGAGGGAAUGCGACAACAAUUUGGAGUUUCCUUAGAACCACGUACAAUCAUUGGGGAGGAUCAAAAUACUCUAAAGAGAAAGGUGGCGCUCUUACUCGGCUUUGUGGGGACCAAAUAUGCUGGAUUCCAGAUCAAUGGCGGCCAAAGGAGCAUUCAGGCCGAAAUUGAAUUGGCCCUGUAUCGGGCCGGAAUGAUUUCCGACAUGAAUUUUGGAAAACCGCACAAGUAUUCCUGGAGCAUGUCGGCACGGACAGACAAAGGAGUACAUGCCUGUGCCCAAGUAUGUUCGCUCAAGGUGGAAUUGUUUGAAACGGAAGUCCAACCAUCCCAACAACAGCUCAAGGAAAUGGAAAAACAGAAUAUUGCCGCCGUCAAGGAAAGUGGAGAAGAUGUUGAGAAGGACGUUGGUGCUACCAAAAGAUCAACUCCCGUUAGUAGUGAACUCGAGUUGGAAGCUGCUCGGAAACGAUUGGAAGAAUAUUUGCCUCCCGAUAUUCGGGUCAUGGACAUGUUACGAACCACUCGGAACAUGUGCGCCAAGACGCAACGAGAUCGGGUCCGAUACCAGUACAUGAUUCCUUCCUUCAUGUUGCAGGAGGAUUGGAAGCAAGUAUUGACCGAUCAGGGAAUCACUGUGGAAGUCAAACAAGAAGGCGAGGAAAAUGCGAAACGAACACCAUUGACAGAGGAGCAGGUUGCUGCAGUAAAGACGGCUGUAGAGGGAUAUCGAUCCACAGAAGAACAACGUUCGCGGCUACAGGCAGCGUUAGACAGAUACAAGGGAACGAAUCCGUUCCAUAACUUUACAAAGGGACUACAGCCAGGCCAACCACAAGCGAAUCGAUUCAUUGAAUACUUUCGGAUGCAAGAUCCAAUUGUGAUUGACGGAGUGGAAUGGAUCCCCACUCAAGUGUUGGGACAAAGUUUUCUAUUGCAUCAAAUUCGAAAGAUGAUUAGCAUGGCGAUUGAUGUUGCCAGAGGAGCUGCACCACUCGAGAUUAUGGACAAGGCAUUGAACAAGACGGAACGAGUCCGUGUCGGUAUUGCACCAGCACAAGGCCUCUUUUUGGAAAUGAGCUUUUUCGGGGGUUACAACCGUCGCAAGGCACAGAAUCAAGAUUUGCCAAAUUUGGAUUGGUCUCAAGAAGGGCCUGCGAAAGAACGUUGGAAGGCAUUCCGGCACAAGAUCCGGCAACACAUUGUCGAAGAAGAAAAGCAACAAAGCAACUUUAUCCAGUAUAUGUUUCUUCAAGAGUACUACAACUUCACCAAUUAUUACAAAGAAGCCUUGGCGGGUAAGAUCACAGAACCAGGAGCUUAUGCAGAAUCUUCGGACGGAGCGCAAGAGACAAAGCCAGACGAUACGACGAGCAGUAGUUGA